AGGAGCCGAGGCGUGUUCGAUCCUCCGCAGGAAACCGGUUUUCCUCUCGCGUGCUUUUUUGAAUCUGUUUUGCGGCGACCGCAAAGCCCCGUUCGCCGAGGAGCCCCAUGCGCUGCGCGGAGCGGCAGCCCCGGAGGCAGGAUGCGGGCUCCGCGCGCCCGGCGAGGCGCUAGCCAGGUGCUGUCGCCCGACCGCCGCCUCCGCCGCCGCGCCUUCCUCGCCCUGCCGCUCGCCCUCCUGUUGCUGCCCGUGCCCGGGCGCGGGCUGGAAGUGCAGCACAAGUUCACCUCGCUCACCGCCACCAACAACUUCGCCCUGGAUGGCUCGGGCGGCAAGGUGUACCUGGCCGCCGUCAACCGGCUCUACCAGCUCUCGGGCCCCAACCUGACGCUGGAGGUGGAGGAGCAGGUGGGCCCCACGGAGGACAACCCGCUGUGCCACGCGCCGCAGCUGCCCCAGGCGUCGUGCGAGCACGCCAAGAGGCCGACCGACAACUACAACAAACUGCUGCAGCCGGACCCGGAGCAGGGCAUCCUGGUGGUCUGCGGCUCGGUCUACCAGGGCUUCUGCCAGCUGCGCAGCAUGGACAACAUCUCCGUCGUGGCCGUCGCCUUCCCGCCCGGGGCAGGCAGCGGCGCGGACGAAGGCGCCGACCAGGUCACGGUCUUCCCCAGCAUGCUCAACGUGGCGGCCAACCACGCCAACGCCUCCACCGUCGGCUUGGUGCUCAAGCAGGCAGGGCAGGACACGCGCCUGCUGGUGGCCGCCACCUACACGGGCUUGGGCAGCCCCUUCUUCCCGCGCAACGCCAGCCUGGAGGACCACCGCUUCGAGAACACGCCCGAGAUCGCCAUCCGGGCGCUGAACGCGCGCGGCGACCUGGCGCGGCUCUUCACCUUCGACAUCAACCCGUCCGACGACAACAUCUUCAAGAUCAAGCAGGGCGCCAAGGACCGCCACAAGCUCAGCUUCGUCCGCGCCUUCCUGCACCGCGGACUCGCCCCCGCCGCCCGCCCGCCGGGCUCCUACGCCUACCUGGCGCUCAACAGCGAGGCCAACGCGCGCGAAAAGGAGAGCCACGCGCACAGCCUGCUGGCCCGCAUCUGCCUGGCCGACGCGGCCGAGGCGCCCGCGCUGAACGGCAGCGGCGCCGGGGCCGGCGGCGGCGGCGGCGCCGAGACCAAGAAGCUGACCGAGUCGUACAUCCAGAUGGGCCUGCAGUGCGGCGGCCCCGGCGAGCUCUUCAACCGGCUCGUGUCGGUGUUUCCCGCCAGCGAGCUGCUCUUCGGGGUUUUCGAGCGAGCCGCCGCGCCCGGGACGGGGCUGGGCGGCCGCCAGGCGCCCCAGCCCUCGGCGCUGUGCGUCUUCCGCUUCGCGGAGAUCGAGGAGGCCAUCCGGGCGGCCAGGAACUCGUGCUUCGUGGCCCCGGACGCGGGGCUCGUCGCCGUGCUCGACAGCGUGGUGCAGGGCACCGGGCCUGCCUGCGAGAAGAGGAACAUCCAGUUGCAGCCUGAACAGUUGGACUGCGGAGCAGCUCACCUCCAGCAUCCAUUGUCAAUCCUACGACCUGUCACAGCAAGGCCAGUGUUCACCUCGCCCGGCCUCACAUCAGUGGCGGUCUCCAGUGUCAAUAACUACACUGUUGUAUUUCUCGGAACAGCCAAUGGAAGACUGCUGAAGAUUAAUCUGAACAGUUCCAUGGAGUUGAUAAGCAGGGAAUCAAUUACUGUGGCUUACAGUGAGCCUGUCCACCCCAUCAUGCAGUUUGACCCUUCUGACUCCAGCUACCUUUAUCUAAUGACUUCCCAUCAGAUUGCCCGUGUGAAAGUAGCUGCCUGCAAUCAAUACGCUACGUGUACGGAGUGCUUGGAUGCAGCCGAUGCAUAUUGUGGAUGGUGCACACUGGAGACCAGGUGUUCACUGCGACAUGAGUGUGCAAAAUCUGAAGAGCCCUAUUUCUGGAUAAGUGUAAGCAAGGGAGUACAACAGUGCCCUUCAAUGACCAUUAUGCCCUCGGAAAUUAACAUUGAGAAGGAGAACAAGGGCAUGAUAAUUCAAAUAAAUGGGAAUAUUCCAAGUCUGAAUGGAAUGGAGAUGUCUUGUGAUUAUGGAAAUGAUAUCCGAACUGUAGCUAAAGUACCUGCAUCAUCUUGGAACCAAAUUGUUUACUGCAAUUUUCCUCCCAGAGAGAAAUAUCCAGCUUUCCCACCAAAUCAAGACCAUGUGAUUGUUCAAACUGCUGUACGGGUCAACGGCAGAAAUAUUGUGUGGGCCAAUUUCACCAUCUAUGAUUGCAAGAGAACUGGCAACAUUUAUCCAAAGACAGCAUGUAUCAGCUGCCUCUCAGCUAAAUGGAAGUGUUACUGGUGCACUAGAAAAUACACCUGCCUCUCCAAUGUGACUGAAUGUGAGGACUCAAUACAGAUGAAUAACAGCACUGAUUGCCCACAGAUUGUGCCAGCCUCUGUUGCACCAGUGUCCACAGGGAUUUUUCAGGACAUUGCCAUCACCUUAAGAAAUGCCGCUUUUAUAAAGGAUAUGCCUUUGGAAUGUCACUUUGAAACUGAUAGAAUAUUUGAGGCCCGAUGGGUGAAUGCAUCCGCUGUUCAAUGUAGCAACGUGCUGCUUCACACAUCAAACAAAAGACAUCUAUUUCCAGUGAACCUUCACCUUAAGGAAAAACCUGAUAGAUUUAUUGACAGUCCACAGAUGAUGACAGUGGAGAUUUACAAUUGUGCAACUGGAAGUGCUGACUGUUCCCAGUGUCUUGGGAGAGAAGAUCUGGGUCAUCAAUGCACUUGGAGUGAGAGUAGUUCUAGCUGCAGACUAAAUAGUGAAUCCCUCCAGAUCCCAGGCACAUGCCCUCCUCCUGAGGUUAGGAAGAUUGAGCCCUUGAAUGGACCCUUGGAAGGAGGAACUCUGGUCACAAUACGAGGAAGAAAUCUGGGCCGUAGAUUCAGUGAUGUCAUCAAUGCUGUCAAGAUUGGGAAUGUGAAAUGUUCACCACUGCAGAACAGAUACAUAGUCUCUGAGCAAAUUGUAUGCCAGACUGGAGAAGCUCCAGAGGAAUUUUCUGAUGUGGUGACAGUUAAUCUGAGCAGAGAGGGAAAAUCCAGGGAGCGAUACUCUUAUGUGCAUCCAGUAGUGAAGUUUAUAUCUCCAUCUGAUGGCCCUAAAGCAGGAGGCACGAGAGUAACCAUAACUGGGAAUCACCUCAGUGCAGGGUCUGAGAUCCGAGUUUUAGUUAACAGCACGAAAGAAUGCACAGGCCUCAGUCGCACCGACACCACCAUCACUUGCACUAUGCCAAGGGUGGAAUUUACUAAUGAUGCAGAAGUCUGUGUCCAGUUUGAAAAUAAGUCUUGUAUAGGCAAUAACAGCAAGUUCACAUACAGGAAAAAUCCAAGUAUAACAGAUAUUAAUCCCAAAAAAAGCCAGAUCAGUGGAGGCAGAAUCAUCACGGUGGAAGGAUAUGGCUUUCUGAUGGCUCAGAACGUGUCCAUGGUUGUUCACACCGUCGGGAAAGAACCAACGAACUGUAAGGUUCACUCCAACACUGUGAUUACCUGCCCCUCUCCAGCUGCCUCCAACCUCACUGGGAGCAAGCCAGCAUCAGUGGACUUCUACAUCAAUGGGCGUUUGUACACUGAUGACAGCCUUUUCCCUCCUGAACACCCUGAGGAGGCUGUGCAUAUCAGCUUGUUUCACUUGGAGUACUACAUGGACCCACAGUUCUUCACAGCCAAGAAGGAGAAGUGGAUCAAACAUCAUCCCGGAGAACCCUUGACACUAGUUAUACAUAAAGAACCUGACAAUCUUGGCCUGGAAAGCAAUGAGUAUGAAGUCAAAAUUGGCCUAAUUUCCUGUGAGAUCCAAAUUGUUUCUGACAAAGUCAUUCACUGCUCAGUCAAUGAAUCUUUGAGCACCUCAGAAAGACAGCUUCCUGUCACAAUUCAAGUUGGGAAGUACAAUGAAACUAUUGCUAUGUUGCACCUUGGAGGAAGUGAGACGGCAAUCACAGUUUCCAUAGUCAUCUGCAGUAUCUUGCUUCUGCUGUCUGUCGUGGCUCUGUUUGUAUUCUGCACCAAAAGCCGCCGAGCAGAACGUUACUGGCAAAAAACUCUGCUACAGAUGGAAGAGAUGGAGUCCCAGAUCCGGGAAGAAAUCCGCAAAGGUUUUGCUGAACUUCAGACAGAUAUGACAGACCUGACCAAGGAGUUAAAUCGCAGCCAAGGAAUCCCAUUCUUGGAUUACAAGUACUUUGUGACCCGAACCUUCUUCCCCAAAUGUUCUUCUCUCUAUGAGGAGCGUUACAUUCUCCCUUCCCAACAUCUCAAUUCCCAGAUGGGGCUUCAGGUCCAAGAAACUCACCCGUUACUGUUGGGGGAAUGGAAAAUUCCUGAAAACUGCAGACCCAAUAUGGAGGAAGGAAUUGCAUUGUUCUCUACAUUACUCAACAAUAAGCACUUCCUCAUUGUCUUUGUUCAUGCUCUUGAACAGCAGAAAGAUUUUGCUGUUAGAGACAGAUGCAACCUGGCCUCUUUGCUUACCAUUGCCCUGCAUGGGAAACUGGAGUACUACACAAGCAUUAUGAAGGACCUCUUGGUGGAUCUCAUUGAUGCAUCUGCCUCUAAAAACCCCAAGCUUAUGCUGAGGAGGACAGAGUCUGUGGUGGAGAAGAUGCUGACCAACUGGAUGUCUAUCUGCAUGUACAGCUUUCUCAGAGAAACCGUUGGGGAACCCUUCUUCUUGUUGCUGUGCGCCAUCAAGCAACAAAUCAAUAAAGGAUCUAUAGAUGCCAUCACUGGGAAAGCCAGAUAUACUCUCAAUGAGGAAUGGCUGUUGCGAGAGAACAUUGAAGCAAAGCCACGGAAUCUUAAUGUGUCAUUUCAAGGCUGUGGAAUGGACUCCUUGAGUGUUCGAGUCAUGGAUACAGACACUCUUAGCCAAGUUAAAGAGAAGAUACUUGAAGCCUUCUGCAAGAAUAUUCCAUAUUCCCAGUGGCCAAGAGUAGAAGAUGUUGAUCUAGAAUGGUUUGCCACAAGCACUGACAGCUACAUCCUUCGGGACCUUGAUGACACUUCAGUGAUGGAAGAUGGCAGGAAGAAACUGAACACGUUAGCACAUUAUAAGAUCCCUGAAGGUGCCUCCCUAGCUAUGAGUUUAACUGAUAAGAAAGAUACCACUUUAAGCAGAGUGAAAGAUUUGGACACUGAAAAAUACUUUCAUUUAGUCCUUCCCACAGAUGAACUGAAUGAAAAUAAAAAAUCCCAUCGACAAAGUCACAGGAAAAAAGUCCUUCCUGAAAUCUACCUGACCAGAUUGCUGUCCACAAAGGGCACGCUGCAAAAAUUCCUGGAUGACCUAUUCAAAGCCAUUCUGAGUAUCCGAGACGACAAGCCACCAGUGGCCAUCAAGUAUUUCUUUGAUUUCCUGGAAGAGCAAGCAGAGAAACGAGGGAUCUCUGACCCAGACACAAUGCACAUUUGGAAAACCAACAGCCUACCUCUGAGGUUUUGGGUCAAUAUUCUGAAGAAUCCCCAGUUUGUCUUUGACAUAGACAAAACCGACCAUAUAGAUGCCUGUCUGUCUGUAAUAGCUCAGGCUUUCAUUGAUGCUUGCUCCAUCUCUGAUCUGCAGUUGGGCAAGGAUUCACCUACUAAUAAACUAUUAUACGCCAAGGAGAUUCCUGAGUAUAGAAAAAUAGUACAGAGGUAUUACAAACAGAUCCAUGACAUGCCACCUCUCAGCGAACAAGAAAUGAAUGCGCAUCUAGCAGAGGAGUCCAGGAAAUAUCGGAACGAGUUUAACACCAAUGUUGCCAUGACUGAAAUUUACAAAUAUGCCAAGAGAUACCGCAGCCAGAUUGUGAAUGCAUUGGAGUCCAAUCCUACAACAAGGCGCACGCAACUGCAGCACAAAUUUGAGCAAGUGAUUGCUCUUAUGGAAGACAAUAUUUAUGAGUGCUGCAGUGAAGCAUAGGUGGCAACAUGGACUGUUUCUUCCAUGUCUAGAAGUGACCUUCUCUACAGUGCACUGUCUUUUGGGGAACAUCCUUUCAAAGUCUGUGUGUGUCAGUAUGUAGCCCGUUGUAUGUAUAAGGUGACUAAGAAACCAGCCUGGUGGUUAGUCUGGCCAAUCUCUUUAAACCAUCUGGUGAAGUGAAGGUUGUCCACCAAACAGCUUGAAUUUCCUUAUGAUCUGCACUGCAUGGCACCCAUAAUUUAUUUGAUCCCUCAGACAGAGGCACAAUACUUGCACCGCCCACUGAAGUAGUCUCUUCUGAAGAGAUCCUUCACUUAUUCAAAGUGGCCGUCUUUCCCUUCAUUCAUUUUCCCAGAGAGUUUUGAGAAGCAGAGAUCAGGAUAUGGAAAGAAUGUCGAGAUGGUUAAGAGAAAAGCAGAGACACCUCAGGGAGCAAUGACUGAAGGUUUCCAAAGGCUCUUGGAGCAAAAGUGGAAUUCCCUCAAACAGUGCCCCUCUUCCUUCUGUGUACUUUAAAUAUCAGGGAACCCAUUUACUGUACACAGUCUGCUGCAUUAGAUGUAUUUGUGCCUUUCAUUUUUGUACUGUACAUGUAAACAUAGCCACACCUUCAUCCAAGGUUGGAAAGACUCACAGACUAGACAAUGCAGUUGCUUCCUUAGUAGUCAUGACAUGUGAAAGCACUUUACCCCACAACGGAAAUGGCUGUUGCCUUGCUGGAGGAAUCAUUAUUGUGUAGCAGACAAUGUCAGAAAAGAACAAAUCAGUGCAGCUGUUCCUACUUCCCAAAGCUUCCCAGAUGUUUGUGCCGACUGAACUGCAGUCGACAGAUUCCCCUCUAAAUGCCCAUCUGGCUCAAGAAACAAUUAUCCCGAGGAGAAGGAAAAAUAUGCGCUGCAAGGGUCAAAGGGAUGCACUUCCUUCCCUUUGUUCGGGCCCCCAGUACUUUAGAGGGAAUGCACAGAGCUGAACUCUUGGUUCUGCAUGACUUCAAAGUGAACACAGUUGGCUUGACACAAGACCACUGGUAGUUUCACUGAAAUAAAAGAUUAUCUCUACCGCUCCAACUUCUUUCAUAAAAUAACAUCACUUUGUGCAGGAUUCUGUAUUUGCAGCACCAUGAAAGUAUCAUUUUCCAUAAAUACAAUGCCCUUUAACUGUUCCCAAUAUGCCUUUACACUGACUACGGUGGGAAGCAUUAUUCUCUCUCUGCUGUGAGAAAGAACCACACCAGUCUUAGCUCUCUGUCAGAAUUCCCCUUUAGUAUCUUAGGUAGCUGCCUCAAUGGCUGUUGCAAGCAAGAAAACCUGAACUUACCAGCUAAUGCUGGUGGUAAUGCCAAGUUCAAAAACUGCCAAAUAAUGCUUUAAAAAUACUACACUACCUCAUGAAAGACAAGGUCUAAAGGGGAGUUGCCACCAUUUAUAAUGCUAAGAUUUGAUCACUUGGGUUGGAAUUAAGAGGAGUUUUUUUUUUCUUUCAAUCAAAAUCUUGUUGUUUUAGGUAGUUAUCCUUUGUCAAGUAUAUAUUUCAGAAAUGUCCAGUGCAGAAUAUUAUUUGGGGAACUGAUGUGUCAGAAUGAAUUUUAUAUAUCAGUAUAUUAAAAGUACAGAUUUUAUCCAGUACAUAAAGAGGACUAUAAGGCAUAACAAAAGAACUGCAAAAGAGUACACCCACUGAGGAGAGCUACAUGUUUGCUGAGAAAGUGGCUGCAAAAGAGAAAAUUUAAGAAUGUAGCUGGGCUACAUUUAACUUUGAAAGAGAUUUUUUUUCAAAAUUCUUAUUUUUUUGAACUGUGAAGAGCUGCCAGUUAUACACACACUCACAGAAGGCUGACUCAGGAAUGUGAAAAGAAAGGCGCCUGGACCACCAGUUGGGAGGAGGAGGGAACUGAAGGAAAACAGAGACAGGAUUGGCGAAUUUGCUAACCCAGACUAUGCAGACAGCUGUAAUUUGGGGAAGCAUCAGCACAGUUUCAGCACCUAAUUGAGAGUACAGAAAGUCACUGUCUGGAGAGGCCUCUAGGCCAGAGGGACUGAUCUUUUGUCUCCCUCACAGAUUGCUAUUUCCUGAGUGUGUGCGGGUGCAUGUGUGUGUUCGUGUGUUUCAAGCAAUGUGCUUGGCACAUGUAUAUUAUGGCGUAUGCUUUAUUAUUUAAUUGUUUGUCCAAAUAUUUGCUACAACCAUUGAAAAGAAGUAAGUUGUCUACAACCAGAAACUGAGGGUUGGUGCUGUCUCACAGAACCCAGCUCCACUGUAAUAUAUUUUUAACUUUGUCAAGUUACUUGUAAGUGUGUGUGUUUUUCCCUUCCUUGCUGUUUAAUGGAAGUGGCGGAAUCUUUGGGCAGGAAAAUAUGUUUGUAAUAAAACAAGUUGAUCAAAA